GCUGCCAAGAACAGGAACUUCUGGAAAAACCAGAAUGUCCCCCAUGAAGAGUUCUCAUUAGUAUUCGGACCAGCUAGAAGACUGCUGUUAAAGCCAAUGGCCUUAAGUGACCAGGAAAGAUAUCAGAAGAUGGGAAAGCUCUUUGGCGUCUACGAAGGAGGCAAACCAAAACUUGUGGUUGCUGAGCCGGAUUUGGUGAAGCAGGUUCUCGUGAAGGACUUCUUCAUGUUGCCAAACCGAAGGGCGCACGCUAUCUCCGACCCAAUCUUCGACAACAUGAUGGCAUUGGCACCCGUAGAAAUUUGGAGGAAGACCAGGCCAGCCGUGAGCCCUGCGUUCUCGACGGGAAAGUUGCGAAAGAUGAAUGUUUUAAUUCAGGACUGCGCCAGGGCUACCUGCAAGCACUUAAAGGCAGCGGCAGAACAGCAGCUAGACGUUAACGUCAAGCAGUUUUACGGCCACUACUCGCUGGACGUGAUCGCGAGGUGUGCGUUCGGGACAACGCUAGACUCUCACACGGACGCCACGAACGAGUUUGUAACGCAGGCUAGGAAGGCGUUCUCGGCGAAGGUGUCAUGGCAAGUCCUUCUCGUAGUGCUCUUUCCUGAUCUGGUGAAGUAUUUGAAGCUCAACAUAUCGAGAGGCGGUCCUGCUCAAUACUUCAAGGAAGUGUGCCAGCGCAUCAUCAGUGACAGACGCGAGAAUGGCAAGCGUCAAGAAGAUUUCCUUCAGCUUAUGAUAGACGCGCAAGAUGGCAGGCUGACUGCUUCUGAAGAAACUCCAUCCGACCUGGAGACCAAGAUGUUCGAUGUUGGAACGGAUACAAAGCCGGAGUCCACGAUUUCCACAAAACGUCUCACUGAAGUGGAAGCAAUGGCCCAAUGCGUGCUCUUUUUUCUGGCUGGCUUAGAAACCACUUCUUCAACCUUAGCAUUUGCCACGUACCAUCUUGCUUUGAACCCUGAUGUGCAAGAGAAGCUGAGAAAAGAAGUCGACGAAUGCAUGGCGGCGCACGGUCCUGAGCCAAGUCUGGACGUCAUAUCAAAGUUAAAGUACCUGCACUGCGUUGUGUCGGAAACACUACGCCUUUAUCCACCUGCCACAAGACUCGAACGCUACGCGGUCGAAGACUACGUGCUCGGUAAAACCGGCAUCAAGAUUCCCAAAAACAGCUCCGUCAUUGUUCCCAUAUACGCCAUGCAUCGCGAUCCUGCUGCAUUUCCCGACCCGGAAAGCUUCGUUCCGGAAAGAUUCAGCGAAGAGAACGUGGAGUCGAUACAACCGUACACGUACCUUCCUUUCGGAGCUGGGCCAAGGAACUGCAUAGGAAUGCGCCUGGCGCUGCAGUCUGUCAAGUUGUGCUUGAUUCACUCCCUGCACAACGCGCAAUUCGUGCGCACGGAGAAGACAAAGGUUCCAGUAAAGCUUAAGAUUGGAAUUGGAGUUUUGACUGCAGAAGAUUUUACGAUUGGAGUACGCAGAAGACCAGCGUGAAACACAUGCAACAAGUGAUUUUAAAAUGCAACAGAACUUCGGUGCUCACGAACUUUCAAGCAGAACAAUC